CCGGCCAUGGCCCAGCCCGGGACGCUCCGCGCCGAAGCCUCCUGCUCGCUGUGCCUCGGCCUCUUCCAGGACCCGGUGUCCAUCCACUGCGGCCACAACUUCUGCCGGGGCUGCAUCGAGCGCUGCUGGGCGAGCUCCCGGGACAGCUUCCCGUGCCCGCGCUGCCGGGACGCGGCCCCGGAGCGGAGCCUCCGGCCCAACCGGGAGCUGGCGGCGAUCAUCCGCAUCGCGCAGCGGCUCAGCCUGGGGGUGGCGGCGGCGGGGCGGCGGUGCCCGCGGCACGGCGAGGCGCUGAAGCUGUUCUGCGAGGAGGAGCAGAGCCCCGUGUGCCGCCGGUGCCGCCAGGAGCCGCCGCACCGGCUCCACGCCGCCGUGCCCAUCGAGGAGGCGGCGCAGGAGCACAAGGAGAAGCUCCAGGCUCACGCGCGGAUCCUCAGGGACAGGAGGGAGAAGAUGCUGCGGCUGAAAGCGGCGGAGGAAGGGAAAAGCCUGGACUUGCUGGAGCGGGUGGAUGCGGAGCGGCAGCGGGUCCGCUCCCAGCUCCGGGAGCUGCAGCAGCUCCUGGCGGGGCAGGAGCGGCUCCUGCUGGGCCGGCUGGCGGAGCUGGACCGCGAGAUCGUGCGGAGGCAGGAGCAGAGCAUCAGCAGGCUCUCGGAGCAGAUCUCCUCGCUGGGCCAGCAGAUCCAGGAGCUGGAGGACAAGUGCCAGCAGCCGCCCUGGGAGCUCCUGCAGGACAGCAGAGAAAUCCUCAGCAGGCUGGAGAAACAGAGUGACCCAGAGCCGGUGGAGACCCCAGAGCCGGAACCCACGGAGCCGCCCCAGAAAAACGUCACCCUCAAAGAGAUGCUGCAGAAAUUCCAGGUGAGCCUGACGCUGGACCCCGACACGGCGCACCCCCGGCUCGCCCUGUCCGAGGACGGGAAGCGCGUCCGCUGGGAGGACACCCGCCGGACCGUCCCCGAGCACCCCAAACGCUUCGACUCCUCGCGCUGCGUGCUGGGCCGGCAGGGCUUCGCCUCCGGCCGCCACUACUGGGAGGUGCACGUGGCCCACGGCGCCGCCUGGGCCGUCGGGGUGGCCAAGGAGUCGGUGCCCAGGAAAGGCCGGAUCAGCGUCCGGCCCGAGGUGGGGAUCUGGGCCGUGGGGCAGUGCGGCAGCCAGUGCCAGGCGCUCACGUCGCCGGCUGUCCCCAUCGCGCUGCCCGAGGCCCCCGAGGUGGUCGGGGUCUACCUGGACUACGAGGCCGGGCGCGUGGCGUUCUUCGACCCGCGCAGGGAGGCGCCGAUGUUCGCGUACCCUCCCGCGUCCUUCGGCGGGGAGCGGCUGCUGCCCCUGCUCUGCCUGGGCAGGGGCUGCCAGUUCACGCUGUGCCCCUGA